AUGUCAACGCACAGUUUCAAAACCUCCAGCGCCCACAAACGGUCCAUGGAAAACAUCAUGGAACCAACAACAGAGACUGAUGAAUCUGGAAGUCUCCACUUUCAAGCACCCAAGACGGAAGAGACUACGACUACUACUACUCCCGCGAGAGAACAAAGAGUAUCCUUUAACAGCCGAGUCCGUUGCAGGCGCUCCAAAGCACCCGUCGCCAACGCCAAAAAUCUCUGGUACUCCAAGGAAGAUCUUGCAAGCCUGCGCAGCCACGACAAGCGUCUCCAAAGCAUUGUCGCCAUUGGAACUACAUCUCUUACCGGAGACGAUGACACCGAAGAAAUCUCCUUCGUUGGCCUCUACUCUGAAAAGGAACGCAAGCAACGUAUCAAGCGCAUCAAAGCAGCCAGGGAAUGUGUCUUGGGCGAGCAGAUGCAACAGCAAGAAGAGUUCUACGACGCACAAGAUGACCUUUCCCAGCCAUUCAUUCUGGACCAAGAGUCCAUUGCUGACUUUAUGUCCACAUACUCCAAGAGAGCUACCAAGGUUGCUCACAUGAAGGGACUUCAAGUUUCCUGGCAUGUUGAGAACUUUUCGGAAGAGGAAUCCACCGCAGACCUCGAUGACAGCCAUCGAUCCUGCAGUCAACAUUCUUUCAGCCAACGCUCUUGCAGCCAACGCUCCCGCUCUACCUCUGGCAAUCGCCCAGUACGAAAUUCUUCGAUCCGAUCUGCAGGCAAACUGAUUGCCCGCUUGACGGCAGCGGCCUCUUAA